CACACACUCACUCGUGCGCGCGCUCACAUAGUGGUCAUCCUGCCUGCUGAUAUCGCCGAAUAGUUUGUGCCCAGUAAUAGUUGAGUCUGUCUGAUCGCGUUGGACGUACGCCUUACUUGAGUAGAUUCAUAUUUUUGCGGACUUUACUGCAGCAAAAGGUAGCACCAACGCCGAGGAAGAAGAAAACAUACAUCUUUUUUUUUUUGCUCGCCUGUUCUCGAAAGAAGUCGACUCGCAGGUUUCUGACAGACAUCUCAAACAGUGGAUAGUCAUUCAACCCGGCAAUCCGGAGAUGUUACCGUAAUAUCUUCCGAAUGGACACAGCUUUUCUUUAAGCAAGAUGUCAACCACAACGGAAAAUGGGAUUGGGGCUGCUUGGAGUUCCAACAGAGAGAAAACAUACAAGAAGACGACGUCAUCGGCCUUAAAGGGCGCUAUUCAGCUGGGCAUCGGCUACACAGUUGGAAACCUCACCUCGAAACCUGAGAGAGAUGUGCUUAUGCAAGACUUCUAUGUGGUGGAGAGCGUCUUUCUACCCAGUGAAGGAAGCAACUUGACCCCGGCACAUCAUUACCCCGACUUUCGCUUCAAGACGUACGCACCACUGGCCUUCCGCUACUUUCGGGACCUGUUCGGCAUCAAACCUGACGACUACCUGUACUCAUUAGUCAAUGAGCCUCUGAUUGAGCUGACCAACCCCGGAGCCAGUGGAUCUCUCUUCUACUUGACCAGCGAUGAUGAGUUCAUCAUUAAAACAGUCCAGCACAAAGAGGCUAAAUUCCUCCAGAGGUUACUUCCUGGAUACUACAUGAACCUGAACCAGAAUCCACGCACCUUACUCCCCAAAUUUUACGGACUGUACUGUAUCCAGUCGGGAGGCAUCAACAUCCGCCUGGUGGUUAUGAACAAUGUGCUGCCUCGCUCGGUUAAAAUGCACUACAAGUACGAUCUGAAAGGAUCGACGUACAAAAGACGAGCGUCCAGGAAGGAGAGAGAAAAAGCGUGUCCGACCUUCAAAGAUCUGGACUUCCAGGACAUGCACGAAGAAGGGCUUUACUUUGAUGCAGAGACGUACACCAAUCUGAUGAAGACUCUGCAGAGAGACUGCCGGGUGCUGGAGAGUUUUAAGAUCAUGGACUACAGCCUGCUGUUGGGUGUCCACGUCCUGGACCAGAACCAGAGAGAAGGGCUCGAGCAGGGCCAAGCGGGGGGCGACCGAUCCAGGCCUGUGGGCCAGAGAGUUCUCUACUCCACCGCCUUGGAGUCCAUCCAAGGGGACGGAAAGGCGGCUGAAGCCCUUACCACAGACGACACCAUGGGUGGCAUCCCGGCCAAAACACACAAAGAAGAGAAACUGCUCAUCUUCCUUGGCAUCAUAGACAUUCUGCAGUCAUAUAGAUUCAUAAAGAAGUUGGAACAUUCAUGGAAAGCUCUAGUGUAUGAUGGCGAUUCCGUGUCGGUACACCGGCCAGGUUUCUACGCCAGCCGCUUUCUCAAGUUCAUGAGCACUCGUGUCUUCAGGAAGACUCAGCAGAUUCGAUUUUCCCCUUCAAAGAAGACUCGCACAUCAAUCCAUGCUCUGAAGUCGUCCUCUCAGGAGAUCCUUUCAUCGCAGGUGGAUGAGAAGGAUGAGGGCAUGAACAGAGGGGACCGGCGGUGGGGGGCUCGCAGUCUGGCAAGUCUGGAUGGACAAGCCGUGUUUGGUUCAUAUCAGCUUCAUGAGCUGGUCCCCGCCAACUCGUCCUACUUUAAGGGCUCCUCCAUGGGCACGCUAUCCUCCUCCUCCGUCUUGGUCGGCGUGGACAACCAAACAGAUGAAAGAGAGGACGCUGGAUCCAGCUCCACAUUCACACUGGAGGACAGCGCCAUCUGCCUGACGUCCGAGCAUAGCACCAUGGACGUGGACCUAGACCGCGAUGACGGAUCGGUUCUCGACGUCUACUUGUGAACUGAAGUCCGUCGAACCCUCCACAAGCUUCAUUCUCAGUCCGUUUUGUUAUGCUACUCCUGCAGUCAUGUUGCCACUUUUAUUGCCAACGUGAGGUUGACAGUGAAGAGACGUCACCUGAAUGGACAUCUUGUGACAUCACACCGUGUGAUGAAGACGCUUUUUAAGACGUUGCGUUUCAUGUAUUUCAUAAUGAACCCCCCCCCAUAUAUUUUAGUCUGCUGAAUAACUUUCCAGCUCCGUUAGUUGCUGAUCUGAUGAAAUGUUUACAGUGGAGCCACAGUGAUAGGUCAGAUGCUCACACAGUCUGAGGUGACAGCAUCCCAACUACCUGAAUGCCAGGGGGGAGGAAAGACAGAGGAAGACUGCACCAUCUCCCGAUGAAAGAAAAAAAAUGGAAAACUGUUAGGACUCGAAUAAGAAGUGAUGCAUAGCAGGGUGGAGUGGCUCACAAGAGCACAAACUUGGAAGAGCAUAAACAUGCUCUUUUCCUUCUGGACUUCUGACUGCUCAGUGACCUCAUAGAUUCUUUUGAUAGUUUUAUUUGUAUCAUAGGUCUUUUCAUACUGCAUAACGCCUCCUCUUACAAAUCAUCUUGAUGCGGUCUGAUAACUCUUCAUCAGCUAUUUCCAACUCUAAAUGUUGAAUCACUGGAUCUUGUGAGUCAAUGCCAUAAUUUAUUAUAUAAAUCAACAUUUUACCAUUUUGCUGAAAAGCAUAAAUCACAUGAAGACAAUGCAUAUUUAUAGAGACCCCUCUGAAUAAAGUGACGUCAACAAUCA